AAUACGAAGUAACAUCGAAUCAUGAGGGAAAAACAGAUAUCAGUCUUUGUACAGCAGUCGACAUGGAAAGUUCAAAAUAUAAUGGGUAUCGAGGUAGACUUCGAAUGGGCAGUGAAAUUGAAUCGUAUCACUUUAAAUAUGCUUGGACUUUGGCCUAAGACUGCACGAAGCUCUAGAGAGAAGUUAAUAUGCAAUUUUCGGGUGUUUGUCGCUUUCUUCGGAAUAAUGUUUUGCAUUUUGAUUCCUGCUAUACAUUCAUUAAUAAGAAUUUAUGGAGAUCUUAUGCUAAUGAUAGAUAAUUUAAAUUUUACUUUACCAGCAACAAGUAGUGCGUUAAGAAUCGCGAUUUUUUGGUGGAAGAAAGAAACUAUUAUACCGAUUAUAAAUAUGAUCGAGAAGGAUUGGACAAAAUCUAAAAGUAUGCAGGAAAGAAACAUAAUGAUUAAAAAGGCACAGACUUUACGCAUAAUUGUUUCUUGCGCAUAUUUCAUAAUAGGAAUAGCAUGCUUCUUUAUCGUCAUUCCCCCGAUUUUUGGAGUGUCAAUGAGAUUUGCUUCGAAUAUUACUGAUAUAGGCAGACCAAUACUUUUACAAAGCUAUUAUAUUUAUGACGUAUCUAAAUCACCGCUGUACGAACUAACGUUUAUUAGUCAAGCCGCUUUUAUUAGUCUCGGCAUUAUGACUUAUACUGGAAUCGACAAUUUCCUUGGCUUACUGAUCUUUCAUAUAUCCGGCCAAUUGGACAUUCUAAAAGAUCGUUUGAUACAAUUUGAUAAAUGCAGUAAUUCUGACAUGCUAAAAAUCUGCGUGAUAGAACAUGUCCGUUUACUUAGAGCUAUUGCUAUUAUUGAAGACACAUAUAACGUGACACUUCUAGCCUUAUUCACAUACUUUGCUAUACUCUUUGCUUUCUACGGUUUCUGGAUAAUUUAUAUAUUUAAUAAUGGAAACAAUGUUUCGCUCAUUUUUUUGAUAUGUUUUAUAUGCAUUAUUCUUAAUUUGCUUGGGCAUAUGUGUCUAUAUUGUGCUCUUGGUGAAUUUUUAAUGAUUCAAUGCAAUGAAAUGUAUUAUGCAGCGUACAAUAAUAAGUGGUACUCUGUGAAUCCAAAAGUUACACAAGAUUUAUUGCUUUUGAUAACAAGAGGCGUUAAACCAACUUAUCUAACUGCUGGAAAAAUAUUCCCCUUAACAAUGUCUACAUUUUGCAGCUUAGUAAAAACAUCAGCCGGUUAUAUAUCCAUUUUACUUACGACGAAAAUGUAAUGAGAUACUAUGUAUAUUUAUAAUAUAUAAUUUAAUAAUUGUGCUAGUAUUAAUUGAAUAUUUACAAAUAUAUUAUAGAUAUACAUCUUAUACAUAUGUAUAAAUCCAAAUAUAUAUAUUGCGUAAAUUCUAUUUCAUAUAUAAAAAAUGAUUUGAUAAUAAAUACAUAUACAUAUAGGUAUUAUAUAAAUACAAUUUGUGAUACAGAGUUUAAAAUUCACAUUUUAAACUCACAUAUAAGAUCUUUGUUGUUCUCAUAUAGAUUUAGAAUGAUAUCUACUUGCAAGAAUUUUUUCAAAAUUUGUAUAACAAAAUAAUAAAAUAAAAUUUUUGUAUAUACUUUCUUAAUCUAAUUAAAUGGUUGUAUAACUUAUUUUCAUAAAAUUAAAUAAUACAUUAAGUAAGAAGUGCGAAAGAUCGGCUAACUUUGUUCCUACGACUUUGCGUUCAGCCACACAAGUGGAAUAACCGAUCCGCACAUAUUACGAUAUUUUUGUCACCUGUGCAUUGAAGUGUGAUCCUUGAGUGUGAAUUAACAGAUUAGCCUAGGUUAGAUUCGCGAAAGUGACGAGCAUCAAGAUUGAGUUACCAUAUGCAUGUAGCGACAUGACGUGCCUGUGGUACGUACGAUGCAAGUGUAGAAAAAGAUUUGAAAGAUUGAUCAAGCAUACGAAAAUAAUAUAUAAUGCAGAAAUGAUUUCUGAACGUGAGGAAAUGAGUUACUUGUGCAAGAAGACUGUUCGUGCACAACUGUCCAAUCCCGCAUUUACGGACAAUUAGUCAAUUCACCGCACUAGUACAAAUAUUUAUUCUUGUAAAUUUUUGUUGUUUAUUUAUUGUAAUUUAUUUUUUUUUUCCCAUUUAAAAAGGACGGAAACUAACGCAUUUUGUCAGCGUAUCUGUACAAUUUUAUUUAUAAAAUUUAGAAGAUAUACACAUAAAAAAUUUGUUCAUAGUUUUCGGAACAUUUCACGUACACAAUAUUUAUUAGAAUCUUAAACUUGAUUGUGAUUAUAUAUACUUUAUUAUUAAGUAUUUAUUAUAUUAGUAAACACUAAUUGUUGGUGGAGAAUCGAAUUUAGUUAUUGAAACUAAUGCAAAAAUGCUUUCAGCAUAUUACAAUAUGUCAUUACCGUGAUACUUUAUAUUGUCGACAGAUGUAUUAUAAGAGUUAUAACGUUGACAUAUUAAUUUUUAUAAUUAAUCCUCUUUCAAAGUAUGUGUCAGCAAAUCUCCCUUAAAUAGCAAUUAUAUGCAACAUAUAUAUAUUGCAAUAGAUAUAGGCAAUUAAAAAAGUCUAUUAUCAUACACAUGAUGCGUUACUACCAAGAGAUAUUAUAGCUGGUUAUUCAUCUCUAAUAUUAUAUCACAAACUAAGACUAACAUUAA